AUGAGCGUAUCUCCGGAACGAACACCACUGCGUGCACCUCGAAUGCCCAACUUGGCCGACCAGUCGGACGCGGCAGAUCAACCACAGAGCAUCGCCACUCCGGCCAGGCCGUGCAAAGCCCGAAGAUCGCCGCGAGGCCAGCCACAAAACAGGACUCUUGUGGAGCGGGUGUCAUGGACGCUGGUGACAUCACAGGAGUUGCGUCAAGCGCCGAACUCACCUCGAACGCCAGCUUUUCGCAUGCGACCAACCUCUCCCCCCAGUCGCUCGGAGUGGCGCCGGUUGCCAGAGGAAGAGCCGGACAUGAACGAAGGCCGUUUGAGACGCGAGUUCUCUGACAUUCAGCUGAUCGGCAAAGGUCAAUUCUCCACCGUUUACAAGGCUCAAAACCGUGUGGACCGGUGUUUCUACGCCGUCAAGAAAACUAUGCAAGUCACAAGAGGUCUCCGCGAAAGUCAGCUAAAGGAGGCUUUGGCAUUGGCAAGCGUGUCCAUGGAGGCGGCAGCCUGUCCCUACAUCGUUCGCUACUACUCCUCUUGGGUGGAGGAUAGCCGGCUGCACAUCCAAACCGAGCUAUGUCGGUGCUCAUUGCGUGACAAGUUGUUGGAGCACCAGCAGGACUGUGCAGAUCCGCGCUUUCAGGAAGGUGAGCUGAUUGAGGUUUUGCAGCACGUGGCCAGCGGGCUGAAGAAGCUGCACGGCCUGAGCAUCGUGCAUUUGGACAUCAAGCCGGACAACAUCCUUCUCAGUCGAGGAGAGCCAGGUUAUUUCAAAAUCGCAGACCUCGGAUUGGCAGCAGCUGCGAUAGGUGCAAGGUGCGAUGAUAUCACCGAAGGAGAUUGCCGCUAUCUUGCUAAAGAGGUAUUGCAAGGCGACUUUGCAGAUCUUCCUAAAGCAGAUGUGUUUUCCCUGGGCCUUGCUGCCAUCUUAGCAAAAUACGGGAGUUCAUAUCACAUCUUGUCCUUUAUGAACUGGGCACCAACCCGAACGGUCUUCCAAGCAACGGCCCAGAGUGGCACAGCCUCCGUCGUUCCCUCGAGGUGGCUCGGCUGCCAGAGCUCUCGCCCAAGCUGCUCCAGCUCAUGCAAGACCUGGUUCAGCCUCGGAAGGAGCUCAGACCAACAUGCGAGGCAGUACUACAGAAGCUGCAGGAAGAUGCUGAUUUCUCGCAUCCGGAUCCCGUUCAGGUCCAGGCUUUGCAAGAUGAAGCCAGGCGAUGCCGAGAAGAGGCAAUGCGAAACCGGCAGCGAGCAGAUGAAUACUGGCAAGAAAUUCUCUGCCUCAAGAAGCAGGCAGCACUCGGAGACGGCGCUCGUGUCCAACUUCGGCGCAGCAAGACAUCCUGCUGAGCAGGCGACACAGUCAAGCAGCACUUGUUUGGUGGUCUCAACAGAUGUGAUGAGCGGGGCGUUAGGCUCCUGCACGAUUCUCAGCUGUUUCCCGCUGGCACUGCUGUGGUUUAGCUGGGCAGCGAGCUUGCUGCAAUUUGCAGCGCUGUGUUGCCAUCCCGAAUUUGCAGGCAAAUUAGCUUUACUUGAAGGUGCUGUUCACCUGAUGAUUCGGUUGUACAGGGACAGUGUUGGCAAGGGCUGCAGCGCUGAGGUAUGCGGGGAAAAGACUGGCCGUUUCCGCAUUCUUGACUUUCAAGGCGUUCGAGUCAUUGACUGCUGUGGUGCGAGCGCCUCCCUCGCAAAGGACUUGGAGCGCUCGCAGCUGGAGGUUGAGAAGUUGCAGAAGGAGCUCCAGGACCCGCACCGGACGACAGUGCUCGUGAAAAUACCUCACUGUACUGAACCUGGCAAGGGCGAUGAUGAGGCUGCGCACAUGCUAGUCGAGGUGCAUGUUCGCAUGCUGCCCAUUCAGCCAACAUGCAUUCACAGCAGCUAUGGAUUGCUUCUCCGCAGGAGGCACGGUCAUACCGCGGUGAUCAUAGGCCGCUUGUCAGCCUCGAAGGAGCACUCGGAGCUGAUUCGUGAAGCACCAGGCGAGGCGGAAGCACAGAAGGAUCAGAAGGCGUACAUCCGUAUGCCAAUGGCAGGCGAUGCGGGACAUCAGGUGGAGCUGCCUGGGAUCGUUGUGCACGAAGUGGAGGCAUCAUUAUCAGGCGGUGACAAGACCGAGGGGCGGCAACAAGUUUCCAUGGAAUCCACCGCCAGCACUUGCAGCCCUGGUGUUCUCACCAAGUCUGCAUCUACAUGCAGCCAGUGCUUCUGCGAGGCCGCCAGCCUCUUCCUGGAUCCAAGCGACCUCAACCGGUACUGCGAGAGCUGCUGGAUUGAGUAUUACGGGCACCCACCUUCUCGCUCGGAGCUGGCGCUGGUUCCGGUGGAGGUGUCAGAGCCUUUGGCAGAGGAAGUCCUUGCAGAGGCCUGGUCGGAGCAAAUUCUGCCAGGUUGGCCUCCAGCCUUUGUGUCUGGCAGAGUACUUCCGGACGACGGACCAGAAACGUGGACCUUCGUGCGGAUGCGCUUGCGCCGUGAUAUCUGCGGUGGCCAUGCGCGGGAACAGCUCAGCAGCUUCGGCCUGGCAACGGGAGAAGUCCUCGCCCAAAGGUAUCAGGUGGAACAUCCUGUUGGCGAAGGACAUUUCACAAAGGCUUUUCAGGCCCGUGAUCUCAAAGAAGAUCGGCAGGUGUGUGUGAAACGCCACAGGAAUCUUCCCAUUGAGGCCUUGAGCGAUUUGUAUGUCAUUGGACAGCGGCUGCAGAAUGUGGACCCAGGUGGGAGCUUCUUUCCAAUCCUUGUUGAUGCCUUCUACGACUCGGUAGGCUACACAGUCGAGAGCAUGUUAGAGGGCCGCAAUUGUUUGGCACUGUCUACCGAGCUGAGUUUCUUCCAAGACUUGGGGAAGCUACGGCUCGUGGCUUUUGGAGCUCUUUCAGGUUUAGUGAUGCUGGACAAGGCGGGCGUCGUUCACAACGACAUCAAGCCCGACAAUCUGAUCUGGACCGAGGCUCAUGGCUCUGGUCCUCGUGUAAAGAUUGUGGACUUCGGAUGUGCCCGUCUUGACCAUCGUCAUGAAAGCGGCCGCAAUUGGGCUCUUGCCGAAGGUGGCGCUGGUCAUUUGGGCAAGUGGGCUCCUGAGAUGACCCUCCGCCUCGCCAUUGGGCACCGCGCAGAUGUUUGGGGCACUGCUGUAUCUCUGUGUGAAUUGCUUUGUGGGCGCACGGUCUGGCGAUCGGAGAUGGACACAGCGGAGGUUGUGAUGACACAAGCGCUUGGUUUAUGUAAUCUGCGUGACGGCGUGCCGCCGUCUCUUCUCCGACGAAGUCCACUGGACGUUCGCCAGCUCUACACCCCAGCUCCGCGGCACUGGCCACUACGGCGAAAUGCCUCUGGCCAGAUGGAGACGCUUCGGCAAGCUCCCAAGACUUGA